CGUUAUCGGCGGAAUCCAGGAAGUUGUGCUGAAAGUACAUUGCGAGGAAGGCCAAUCAGAAACAGUGAAGCGAAGCGCUAUGACAAGUAUCACGGGUGUGGGCGGGGUAAAGUUCAUCGCGAUUGCAGACGACUCUAAUAAGGAAGUGAUCGUGAUGAGAUUUCGAGGGCAGGCUAAUGUAGUCGUCCGCUGUUUAUCGGCGCUAGCUUCGAGUCCUCAUAAUAUCCGCUUUACCGUGUCUAGUGUGUCUCCCUUUUCCAAACCAAAACAACCAGCGGAGAAGAAAGAUGAGGAGAAGAAGAAGGAUACGCCCGCCGCAAAACCUGAUGACAAGAAAAGCAACAAGGGUCCCCCGUUUUAUAAUCUGGAGUAUAAUAAGAGGGCAAAAGGCGAUCAAUCUGAGAAUGCUAUGUCCAUCUUAGCCGGCAUUAAGGGUGUGCACUCCAUUUCUAUGGAAGACGAGGCGAAGCUGCUUUUAAUCACGGAAGCACAGGAGACGAGUAAUAUUAGAGCAACGAUGAGCAGAAAAAAGGGGUUACGUGAUAAUUUCGAUUUUAAGACUUCCAAACCCAUGAAUAAUAAACCUGUGGAGAAGAAGGACCAAGGAAACGAUGAUAAGAAAAAGAUAAUUGUGAAAUCGGAGAAUAUGGGCAUGGAAGAUGUACGCGGAAGAGUGAUGCGAAACCUGGGAGAGGUUGAGGGAUUGGAUUCCAUCUUGAUAGAGCCAGCAGAAAAGAAACUGCUAACCGUUACAGGUAGUGCAAAUGUAGUGGAUGUUUUGGGAGCGUUGUUUAAGGUGAAACGCUUAAGAGACUGCACAACAAUUGUGUCGGUGGGUCCAAAUAAAAAGGAAGAGGCUAAGAAAAAGGAAGGAGGAGGAGAAAAGAAACCAGCAGCUAAUAAUCCGGCUCCUGUUCAUCAGGCGGCUACUCAUGCUCCUGGCAUGCACUACUGCCCUCAAGUCCCUCAACCAUACGGUUAUCAGCAGCCGUAUGGUUACCCAACAUAUACUAAUAGUGGCUACUACUACCCUCCCCAGCCGCAUUACCAAGCAUAUACUAAUGGCUACGAUCCCACUACUACUUAUGAGGAUAAUAACGGGUGCCGUAUUUCUUGAUCGAGCAUAUCAUUUCCUUUACACAUACAUGUUGUACGUACAAGUUAUUGACCGACGACAGACCAUGUCAUCUCCACCACUAUAUAUGGCCAUAAAGACCACUACUCCGUAUUUCUAUUGCGGCCCUGAUAAUAAUAAUGUUCGUUAAUU